AUGAAAGGCGUUGUUAGUUCCAUUCCGAGGAUUAAACACUAUUACCAGCAAUAUAAGAUAGAGGUAGAGAUUAAACACUAUUACCAGCAAUAUAAGAUAGAGGUAAAGAUUAAACACUAUUACCAGCAAUAUAAGAUAGAGGUAGAGAUUAAACACUAUUACCAGCAAUAUAAGAUAGAGGUAAAGAUUAAACACUAUUACCAGCAAUAUAAGAUAGAGGUAAAGAUUAAACACUAUUACCAGCAAUAUAAGAUAGAGGUAAAGAUUAAACACUAUUACCAGCAAUAUAAGAUAGAGGUAGAGAUUAAAUACUAUUACCAGCAAUAUAAGAUAGAGGUAAAGAUUAAAUACUAUUACCAGUAA